GUUUCUAUGACUGUAUUUUGUUUUUAAUGUAGACGGCGUUUGUUGACGUGUUAAAAUUGUAUAAUCUGGAUAAAAUUACUUGCCACUAUUGUCAACAGUGUCUGCGUACUGUUGUUUAUGAAAUUUUUGUUUACUUCAUAACGAAAUAGAAAACCUUUCAUUUGGAUUGUGAUAUUAUUUAAGCCGAAAUUACACUAAAAUGACAGCUAGGGCUCCCUUACUGGAUGAUGACACCUUAGCAUUUGGCGAUGAGGAAGUGAAAAAUAACAAAAAUCUUGAGCACCCGUACGUAACAUUUUUUCAUAUAGCGUUUCGGGUUGGUGCCAUUAUUGCCUACCUGUUGUGUGGGUGGUUCAGCGACAGUUUCAUUGCAAGUUUUGUGACUGUCGUUCUGCUGCUGUCAAUGGAUUUUUGGACUGUGAAAAAUAUUUCAGGUCGCUUAAUGGUUGGUUUGCGCUGGUGGAAUUAUGUUGACGAUGAAGGGAAGUCACACUGGGUUUUUGAAGCAAGAAAGGGCGACCUCCAGAACAAAGUGAAUGCGUACGAAGCACAGAUCUUCUGGCUGGCGUUGGUCCUCUGUCCGCUGAUGUGGUCCAUUUUCUUCCUGAUCGCUCUCUUCGGACUCAAGCUUAAAUGGCUGCUGCUGGUGUGUAUCGCCAUAGUCCUUAACGGCGCCAACUUGUACGGGUACAUAAAGUGUAAAGUUGGCCACGGGGAGAAGAUCAGCAACUCAAUCUCCAACCUGACGUCUAACUUCUUCAGGCGGCAAUUACUAGAAAAUAUGACAAAUAUGAUGAACAGAACAACCCAGCCUGCCGCAAACAACGCAGCCCCUACAAACAUCAUCUGAAUUUUGCAGGGAUUUUUUUUUAAACUGAUAGUACUUUGAAGAUUGUAAAAUGCUAUUUGUACAUGCACAAAUUCCAUACAUUUUCAUCUGAGUCCUCAGAUAAAAAUGUCACGAGGCUGUUAAAGUUAUUCCAAUUAAUCUAUGUGGCUUAUCUUCAUGAUAUGUUGUACGUAAUUUAUUAAAAGUUUUUACUUCAUGUUAAUGUCCAAAGAAUUUAGACGCAGAACAUUAUUAGUAAUGCUGCAAUGUUAUAGUUCGUUAACUAGUAUUUUCAAGAAAGAAAGAAAAGGCUGCAAUACAACUUUGAUGAUCACAUAUAAGUUUAUCUUUUAAAUUUCAAUAUAAACUAUUUUCUCUAAAUUAGGUCAUAAAUUGAUUGUUUUAAUUCAUCAGUUUGUUAAUGUUAAAUGAGUUAUUUGUCAUUCUUCGGAUAAGAAAAAUAUUUGUCCGCUAUUGUGUACUCUAAUUGUUUUCUGGAGGAUUUUGAGAACACAAUUAUGGCAUUUAGAAUUAUUCAUUUCUGGAAUGUAACACUUAACUAUUCAAAUUUUUGUAGAGCAGUGGUUCUGAUAAUGCUGUGGGGUGCAAAUAUUUUUGACAGGAAGAGAAGAACAUAGUCUCGACUAAACAUAAUCUGACAUUUCAGAAUGUGGUGUAUAGCAGUUUGUGUAUCUGUGUCCAAAGACAAAAUCAGGUACAGCCUCACAGGACAGGGUAUUGGCUGUUGUAAUGACCGCUAACCACUGCCUUUUAACAACAUAGUAGGUAGUUGAGUACACAACGAAGCCCCAAUCUGGUGCUGUGUAAGAACCCUUCUAUGUCACUGAAAUCCUCGAUUGUCAGUUUCCAUCUGUUGUCCGCAGGCUUGCUAAAGCUCUGGAAAACAUGCAAGGUAGCCACUCAACAGGAAAUUUAGGGAAUAUUUGAAGAACAGUGAAUUUUCUCACCAUCAGGGAUAUCCAGAAGAAACCCAUGUAUUUUUUAAAGCCAUCUCUCUUGUAGGCCUAUGCCUACCAGAAUAUUGUUCGUGGAAGCUGUGUUACACGACUUUAUAAAAUACAGGAUUGAAGUAAAAAAAAAUUGUGUAAUGUUUGAAAUGAUUAGGUGAUUAAUGAAUUGGGCCCUGUGUAUAACACCAUUCAGUAAAAAUUAUAAAAUAAAUGUGCAUUAUAUUAAUAAUGAGUUUAUAAAGGCAAAUGGAGUGCUACCUUUUGAUCAGUAAAAUAAUUUAUAUUAUCACAAAGUUGGUAUUAAAUGAAAUACAAAUUGUAAUGUAGAAAAUCUAAACGUAACAAAAAAAAUCGUCAUUUGGUUACUUAAGUCUAAAUUUACUGGAAAUUGUUUUCGGAAACCUAGAAAGUUCAGAAAUUUUUUGCCUGUGUGUAUCGUUUGUACAGAGGCAGAGCUGUGUUUCGGACUUGUUACUUCUCUUAGAAAACUACCACUUCUCUCACAAGUCAUACUCAGGGUCGUGUAUUUUUCUCAAAAAGAUUUUGAGACUAGCUGAGAGUUAAUACACUGUAGCCUCGUCUGUGGGAAUUGGUCGAGUUUCUUUAGGUACAUGUCUGCUGCUGUCAACGCCAAUCAGCGCGGAAGCAAACGCGUUCUGUACGGCCAGGUCAAAUAAGGCAAAGGCUUCUCUUGCAGAUGGCCGCCAGUUACAAGGAAGAAAUAACUGGUCAUGGGCAUGAAUUUUCUGCAAAAAAUACCUGCCCCUAGUUGUACUCCACUCUUAUCCUAAGCCUUCGAAAGAAACAGCAGGAUGUGGGCCGUUUACAUAAUGAAUCAGCCCGUGGCGCUGCCGAGAUAUCUUCAUAGCAUUUCCCUGUCCUGAAUUUACAACCAUCAGACAGCCGCAAGUCGAGCUAAGAACAGAGUUCUUACAGUUUUUGGAAUGUUUCAGUUUCCGUGUGUAGUUUCAAGGCCUUUAAAGUCUUUUCAUUGUUUUUGGACUCUGAAAAUAUGUAAUUUUUUUCCUUCGUACCCAAGAUUGCCUAUAUUUUGUAUUUAAAAUUUAACAGUAUCAGUGUUUUGAAAAAAAUAUAUAUAUAUAUUCGUUAGUGUUUUGAAUGCUUUAACUUGAAUAUGAGACACAAAAUAUUAACUUUAUCAAUGUGAUGCAGUUUGACCUUUGAAAUUGUACUUUUUAAGUCUUGAGAAGUCCUAGAAAAUACAACCAAAAUAUCAGCAAUAACUCUUCAAGAAUAAUGUGAAGUCUUGAUGGACGUGCCCUUGAAUACCUUGCCAGGCCCAGGUACCGCUGCUGUUGAAAGCCGCAUUCGCUUGCCUCUCUGCCCCGCAGGAUUUCUUCACGUGAUAAUCCCGAGGCUCGAGAAACAAAACGGGGAGUGAGCGUGUCGUAUGCCAGCCCGUGAACACCAAGUUGUUUGUGGGCUUCUCCCGGAGAUGGCCCAACUGUGCGAACUUUUGAGUCGCAGAGGCUGACCAAUCCAGGAGAGCUACGAGAGGAGGCAACCUUUACAGACAAUAGUUCACUAGCUUUUCUUCGCCUCCAUCUGCAACAUGACUGCCGUGGCUACAGCCAAAAAAAAAUUGAUAAACUACAUGAUGAAUAAAUGGUGGAAAAAAUUAGGUGCUGAAAAGAAGCAUGUUAACAUUUCUAAAGGCAUUAGGUCCUUUAGUUGUAAUAGAUGUAGUGCUAUCAAAAGAAAUAGUAAACUGCUGUGAAAUCAGUCGUAUGAUUUUAAAUUAUUCUCCAUUUACCAGGCUUUUGCUUUAAUGUGUCUAUAAAGUUUAACAUAUGAACUGUUUUGCCAUUAUUAUGUGUUGUGUUUUUUUUUUAAGUGGAGCACUGAUAAUUUUUGUUUUAUGUAAAUAUUUCACCUUUGUUUUUACAACUGUGUGCUGUGUGACAUAAGUUCCUUAUGUAAAUUUUGUGAAGUCUUGUUCUGUAUCUUUGUUUUAAAAACAUAAAUAAAAACAUUCUAAAAUUUA